AUGGAAAUCAGUAUUCCAAACUUUAGAGAAGUGAAAGAAGGACCGAAAACUUAUAUUAUCUACACGAUUGAAGUGGCAUUUGGAGGUUGGCAGAACACUUUAGAGAAAAGAUAUUCAGAACUUUUAGAACUUCAUCAGGUCAUGAAGCUUAUGAGAAGGGUUUUAAGCGCUCCGCUUCCUCAUUUUCCCGGACAGCUGAUAUGGAAGCAAGUUUUCAAAAAAUUAAAACCUGAAGAGGUCACCAAAAGAAAGGAAGACUUAGAACGAUACUUGCAGGAACUCUCCAGAACUGACUGUGCGACAAAUAGCCAGUAUUUUAUGGAAUUCAUAGGUAUGCCUCAACGAGUCAGAAGUGAAUGGAUAAUUGGAACACACUAA